CAGUAGUUUGACAGCUAUCGAGGCCACCAUCUCGGCUCGACCCGAAGGAAGAAAAAUCGAAAUAAAUGCAGGUCCUUGGGCCCCAACAUCUGUAAAAAUAAUUAAACAACAUCGAAUAUAAAGUGAAGUAUCAGUUAUAUUAUUUAUGAGCACGGCAUCAGAAACUAUGCUUUGAAUAACGCUUGGAAAUAGUUUGAUUAACACCAGUCGAGACUGUCAUGAGACCUACACUUAUGUAACAUUUUUGUUUGUGAAAUAACAUAUUAUUCAGUGAUAAGUUGCCGUUUACCUAUAUUAGGAAGAUACACCAAAACCCCCCCACUAAAUCGAAAUGCUACGACGUUGCUCGAAGCAUUUACAGACCAUAUACCGGAGACAGGGGCAGAGUCUCCGGUGCCGGUCGACCCAAGUGCCCAAGAUCUGCGCUCACCCCGGGCAGGUCCUCAAACAGUCGCCGCGCGUCCUCACUGCCCACAAUCAGGUCGCCACCUUCCACUUCACCAGCACCCUGUACGAGGAACAGGAUGUCAUGACCCCAAGCUUCCCGGACUCAGUCUCCGAAGGAGACGUGAAGCUUGACAAAAAAGUCGGUGACAGCGUCGCCGCUGACGAGGUCGUCCUCGAAAUCGAGACCGACAAAACCGCCAUCCCAGUCAUGGCGCCGGGACACGGCGUUAUCAAGGAGAUAUACGUGAAGGACGGUGACACCGUCAAAGCUGGACAGAAGCUGUUCAGAUUAGACGUCACUGGGGAAGCUCCCAAGACGACUGAAGCGCCCAAAUCGGAACCGGAGCCACCUAAAGCGGCCGCGCCUCCCCCGCCACCGCCCCCGGCUGAAACCAAGGCCCCACCUCCACCUCCCCCUCAAACAUCCGCUCCUCCGCCCCCACCACCCCCUAAACCGUCCACUCCCCCGCCGGCAGCCCCUAUCUCCUCGAUCCCCGUCGCGGCCAUCCGCCACGCCCAGUCGAUCGAAACGGCGACAGUCAAAGUGCCCCCUCCGGAUUACAGCAAGGAAAUCGCGGGCACUCGCACCGAGCAGCGCGUCAAAAUGAACCGCAUGCGCCAGCGCAUCGCGCAGCGGCUGAAGGACGCGCAGAACACCAACGCCAUGCUGACGACCUUCAACGAAAUCGACAUGUCUAACAUCAUGGCGUUCAGGAAGAAGUUCCUGGACGCGUUCACCAAGAAACAUGGCGUCAAACUCGGCUUAAUGUCGCCGUUCGUGAAAGCAGCCGCCAAUGCGCUGGUCGACCAGCCCGUUGUCAACGCUGUCAUCCAAGAAAACGAAAUCAUAUACCGCGAUUACGUCGACAUCUCUGUCGCUGUAGCCACCCCUAAAGGUCUCGUGGUACCCGUCAUCAGGAACGUGCAAGAUAUGACGUACGCCGAUAUAGAGUUGACAGUCGCCGGUUUGGCGGAAAAAGCCAAAGCGGGUAAAUUAACGAUCGAAGAAAUGGACGGCGGCACUUUCACGAUCAGCAAUGGCGGAGUAUUCGGCUCUUUGAUGGGCACUCCUAUUAUCAACCCACCUCAGUCCGCCAUUUUGGGUAUGCAUGGCAUAUUCGAGCGGCCAAUCGCGUUGAACGGACAAGUUGUUAUUAGACCAAUGAUGUACAUCGCGCUGACUUACGACCAUAGACUAAUUGACGGCCGUGAGGCGGUCAUGUUCCUUAGAAAAAUCAAGGAGGGAGUCGAGGAACCGGCGACGAUUAUAGCCGGAUUGUAAUUUAAAAAGUAAACUGGCGCAUCCGGCCGCGCCGAAUUUGAAUACAGAACGACUCUUAACUUAUCAAACUAAUUCCAAUUUGGCGCUCCCGGCCGCGCUGAAUUUAAAUACAGAACGACGUUACCAACAGAUUAAACACGAAUUCCAUUUUUGAAAGACACAAACGAGUGCGCCUUAACAAUAGAGAAUUUCAUCCCUAAAAAAUAAUGUAGAAGGCGCAUUUUGAAACGAGAUUCUGUAAAUCAUUGGAUUUAUAAAGUAGUUAUAUUUUUAGCGUCUUUUAGUAAGUCAAGCAGAGCACUUUUGUGUCUAAUGUUAUUUUUUUUUAAUUAUUUAUUUAAUACGUUCGUUUGUACGUACCUAUUCUGUAUUAUUUAUCGUGUUUAAGUGAUAAUAAAAUGCAAGUACAUUGCCUUUACGUGACACUGAA